UUGAUCAUAUUAGUUCACACAGAAACUUAAACCAGCAGUCCCUCACCCAAGGUACGGGGUUCCAGCAACAUCAGAUGUUGAUCGGCUAGACAUACGUUCUCGUGCAAAGCAUACUUGCUGCACCUGCCGUUUUCACUUGAAGUACUUCAGGCUCAAAGACCAAGGGCUAUAGCUAUUCGAUCACGUGUCAAGUACAAGAUUCCAUGGCGAUGAUUUCUGAGCCGAUUAGUCCUCACGGAAUGGAUACAAUCGACCGUGCUGGUGGGCUCGGUAUCGAGUUGUUGAACGGGUUCAACUACGAGGUUUGGAAGACUACCAUGAAGUCAUACCUUACAGGAGAAGACCUGUGGGAUGUUGUGGCCGGAAAAGACACCAAAAAUCCAGACAAAGACGCUGUUGCUAAUGAAAUAACUUCCGCAGAUGCUGUCAAGAAGUGGACGCGGCUGAAUGCAAAGGCCGAGUUUGCCUUGAAGAGUUCUAUUUCUCAUAGCCUCUUCGAUCACAUCAUCAAAUGCGAGUCUGCUCAUGAGAUAUGGGAUAAACUCGACCGGUUGCUCAAAAAGAGGGAUGGUGAGGCUCCGGCAGAGGCUCCUCAUGCUCAAGCAGAUCAUGAUCCUAUUAAGCUUUACCGAGGCUUACGCAAGGCAGCACUGAAGGGAGACUGGGAAGCUGCCAAGAGAAUACUUGAGAAAGAUCCCGAAGCUUUGACGGCGAAAAUUACAGAACGGGGAGAGACGGCACUGCACGUUGCAGCUGAUGUUGGACAUGCAAAGUUCAUAGAGAAGCUAGUGGCACUCAUGCCCCAAGAAGCGCUGGAAAUAAAAGAGGAUAAAGACAGCCGGACUGCCCUCCAUUAUGCCGCUGUCAUCGGAAACUUGGAUAUUGUCAAGACUUUGGUGGCCAAAAAUGGCAGAUUGAUGGAAACUGCGGAUCGAUUUCUGAAUACGCCACUUCAUGUUGCUGCCUAUUUUUUUCAAAACAAACACAAAGAGGUCGUGCGGUACCUCACCUUGAACAUGCCCGACCAGUCACGUGAUGGCCCCUUCUUUGCCGGCUCCGCAGCUGGUGAACUAAUUAGCAAACUCACGGCUUCACGUUCUUACGAGCUUUGUCUUCACUUGUUAGAUAAGUAUCCCUUCUUAGCUACUGCUGUAAACGGGAAUGGGACUGGAAUGCUACAUGCAUUGAUGUUUCAACCAUCUGAAUUCCCGUGUGGAAGAAAGCUUGGAUUUUGGGGAAAUUGCAUAUACCAAAUUAUUCCCGUGGAAUUUCACCAUAAACCGCGGUGCUCAUCAUCAAAGGGUGACUUGGAAGACCAACAAGCGAAAGAACCAUCGACAUUACUGCAAUCUGCGACAUCUUGCUUGACUCACGUGAUGCAUUGGAUCUAUGGUGCUUCUUGGACAGCUAUUGAACAUCUAGUUCCAGGGAUCAAGCACAUAAAGCAUGAGAAAUUCAAGCACAAAUGCACCCAAAGGAUGGUGGAAAUUGCUUGUCAACAAAUGUCAGGCUGGAGCCAGCAUGACAUCACGACAUUCUUCACAAAAUCCACAGAUUCAUCCAUUCUUCCUGUCGCAGCAGAAAAUGGAGUAGUUGAUCUCAUAACUACGUGUCUUCAAUAUUUUCCUCAUCUAAUACAGAAUACAUCCAUACUCAUGGAGGCGGUUCUGAACCGACAAGAAAAGGUCUUCAACCUUUUUCUUGGAGACUCCGUGAAUACAAAAUAUUUGGCCGUGGCUUUUGAUGAACAAACAAAAGAAAACGUCGCACACAAAGCCGCGAGAUUGGCGCCUUAUCCCCAACUUUCAUCAGUUUCAUGCUCCGCAUUACAAAUGCAAAGAGAGUUGCAGUGGUAUAAGGCUGUGGAGAAGCUUCUUACUCCUACACAAGUAUCGUUUAGAAAUCGGAAGCAGGAAACACCUCGGGGGAUUUUCACAAACGAGCACAGAGAAUUGCUCGAGGAUGCUAAGAAAUGGAUGAAGAACACAUCUGACUCGUGCAUGCUGGUGGCGACCCUCAUAGCUACUGUAGUUUUCACAGCGGCUUUCACAGUUCCUGGAGGAUAUGUCAAUGGCAAAGGCAUCCCAUUAUAUUUAGAGGAAAGUGUCUUCAUCUUGUUUGCUGUUUCAGAUACACUGGGAUUGUUCUCCUCCACCACAUCCAUCUUGAUGUUCCUCUCUAUCCUGACGGCGCGUUAUGCAGAAGAAGAUUUCCUCUAUUCACUCCCCAAGAGGUUAAUACUUGGACUUGCUUCUCUUUUCCUCGCCAUUGCGAGUAUGAUGGUGGCAUUUGGGGCGACGCUCUACAUGGUCUUGAGUGAGAGGUUCAAGUGGAUUUUCAUCCCGAUCAUGGUAAUCACUUCCAUUCCCGCGGCCCUAUUCGUGAUGCUGCAACUUCCUUUGUUCAUCUACAUGCUAGGAUCAACAUAUGGCCCUGGAAUCUUUCAUCCUAAGAAUAUUUGGUAGUUGAUAUAUUUCUGGUUAGAUCUGUGGACAAUGUAAUCUCUAAGCUUCUUUUGAAUUA